GGCCCUUUCCGUAAAGGGCGCUUGUCGGUAAACUCCGUAUAUUUCCGCUUCCGGUCUCUUCGUUCGUAAUCUGCCAAGAUGACCACCAAAAAUAAAAAGACGAGAAAGCUUCGCGGACACGUCAGUCAUGGUCAUGGCCGUAUUGGCAAACACCGAAAGCAUCCUGGUGGUCGAGGUAAUGCUGGAGGUCAACAUCACCACAGAAUAAACUUUGAUAAAUAUCAUCCAGGUUAUUUUGGUAAAGUAGGUAUGAGAUAUUACCAUUUAUUACGAAACCAACAUCAUUGCCCUGCUGUAAAUUUAGAUAAAUUAUGGUCACUGGUUACAGAACAGACCAGAACUACCUAUCAAAGUAAAACAGACAAAGCACCAGUCAUUGACUGUGUCAAAGCUGGAUAUUAUAAAGUACUAGGCAAAGGUGAACUUCCUGCUCAGCCCCUCAUCGUUAAAGCUAAAUUCUUCAGUAAAAGAGCGGAACAGAAAAUCAAGGGUGUAGGAGGUUGUUGUGUGGUUGUAGCAUAAGAACUAAAAAUAAAAUGUUACUAUCAUCGUCA